AUGGACGCAAUCGAGAAACUCUUAUCCUGGGCGCAAACCCAAGGAAUCAAAGUAACCAACGUCGGCCCCCGAGCUCUCCCAGGAAGAGGUAUAGGAAUCGUCGUAACAGCGCCUCUCCAGAAAGACGACACAAUCCUCGACGUCCCAAUUCCCUGCCUAAAAACAAUCUCAACAAUCCCAAAACACUUAACCCGUCCCUUCCCAAAAGAAACACAUGUCCACGCCCUCCUAGCCCUCGACAUCGCCCUCGACAACUCCCCCGCCUUCAAAACCUGGUCCGCCGUCUUCCCAUCCCCGCAAGACCUCUCCUCGUGCCCUCUAACCUGGUCUCCCUCCCUGUCCGCCCUCCUCCCAGCCCAAGCCAUCUCCCUCCUCAAAGCCCAACGCGAAAAGUUCGAAUCCCACUGGUCCCUCGUCUCCUCAACCCUCCCGGACCUGGACCUCACAUACAAAGACUACCGCCACGCCUGGCUUCUCGUGAACUCCCGCACUUUCUACCACGUCACCCCCAAAACCGCAAAACGCCACCGCGACGACCACAUGGUCCUACAACCCGUCGCAGACCUCCUCAACCACGCGGCCCACGGCUGCUCCGUCGCCUUUGACAAGUAUUCCUUCACCAUAAAAGCCGACAGGGCCUACACGCCGGGCGAAGAGAUUCACAUCUGCUACGGCCGCCACAGCAACGACCUCUUACUAGUCGAGUACGGUUUCGUCAUGUCCCAGGGCGAAAACGAGUGGGACGAGGUCUGCAUCGAUGACGCCGUCCUCCCGCGCCUGGGUGCCGCUCACCGACGACGGCUGGAGGAGAAAGGAUUUCUGGGGAAGUAUGUGAUCGACUCGGAGACGGUCUGCUAUCGGACGCAGGUGGCACUGCGCACACUCAUGUUGCCCGCGAGGCGGUGGUCGCAGUUCGUCGAUGGCUUUGCGGACGGGGAGGCGGAGCAGCCCGAGGUAGAUGAGUUGCUGCGCGAGAUGCUGGUUGCGUAUGAUGAGGAGAUUGGGUCCAAGAUCGAGACAGCGCGUGAGCUGGAUGAAGGCGAGGAGUUCCAGCGCGACAUGAUUGUUACUCGCUGGGAGCAGAUAAAAUUACUUGUACGCGGCACGAUACAAAAGCUGAAUGUUUCCAAAGACCAAUGA